UUGUUUAGCCACGAGGAGGAGCUCUCCCGACUUCGCCACGACCUCCAACGGGAAAGCCAGCUGAAUGUGGAGAACCUGCGCGACGAGAUGGGCGUGAGGCACCGCGAGGCUUUGGACGAUUUUGAGGAUAAGCUGCGGUCGGUGGAGAGCGAGAGAGCGGCGUUAGCUUCGGAGAGACUCGCGCUGCUCGAGGAGAUCGUUGUGUUGAAAAACGACAUGAAUCGGGCGACGGAAAGCGAGGAGCUGCAGGCGGAAGUCGAGCGCUUGAGAGCGGAAAGCGAAGAGAAACAGUCGCACGCAGCCGCGAGGAAUGAGCUGUCAACCGAGCGCGGAAAAAUCCACCGCCUUUCCUCGGAAAACGAAGAAAUGUGUGCGCGACUGAAAGACCUACAGGAUGAGAUCGAGAAGCAGAGAAACACGUUCUCCUUCGCUGAGAGGAACUUCGAGGUGAACUACCAGGAGCUGAAGGACGAGUACACGUGCCUGGUGAACACUAAGCUACAGCUCGAGCAGCGCUUGGAAUACGAGACGAAGCUCCAAGAUCUACACACGAGACACGAGGAGGUGGAUGGGAAGACACUGAUGGAGAAAGACACCACCGAGCUGAUGGAGAAGCUGGAGACAGCCGAGAACGAGAAGAGGAGCUUGGGAGAGCGGCUCUCGCUGAUGGAAGCGGAGCUGGAGACGCUGAAGCGAGGCAGAGAUGAAGAGCUGGGAUCUGACCGCAGCGUCGCUGGUGGGCUGAGCUCUGUGGAGAAGACGCAUCACGCGCACAUCACAUCUUCACGGGAGGAGCUGGAUGCUCUUUGCUCGUCCCUGCCGUACAAAGACCCCUCGUCUCCGACAGCAGCGCAGGAGAGGAGGGAGAGAGAGACGCAUGCAAGGACUUCACACACACACACAGCGGCGCGUGAGGAGCAGCUUUCAGCGUCGCAGGUGGAGACGGGAGACGCUCUGGCCGAUGGAGACGCUGUCAGAGCCUCGCUCAUGAUGCAGCCGCGGGAAAUGGACGGCGCUGAGCAUGUAAGUAUCCGUCUGUCUGUGAGUCAAUCAAACUCUUGCUGUUCAUCUUCAGCUUACAGCUGCAGCUCAGCAGUCUAGGAGGAAAAAAAACAG